AUGUCGCAGCUACCCGUGCCCGUCAACCCGGAUGACCAAGGCCGCGGGCCUUUGGUGAUGGGUUUGACCUGGACUUUUGCCAGUGUAGCCAUCAUUGCCGGAGUCCUUCGCUUCUACGUGCGCACCAAGCUGGCCAUUGGCCUUGCUUUGGACGAUUGGCUCAUGUUUGCCGCCAUUGCUUGCAACAUUGUAUCGCAGUCGUUUGUCACGAUUGCCUACCACCAUGGUCUCGGAAAGCACGAUGCCAGCUUGCGUCCGGACCAGGUCAUCAACGUCUUGAAGUGGAUGUGGCUUGCCAACACGCCCGGACUCAUUGUUUCCAUAUUGGCGCGUAUAUCCAUCGCCGUCUUGCUGGUGCGUCUCUUUGGCGGCGUGCACAAAUGGCUGAAAUGGUUCGUCAUCGUCGUGACCGGCCUGUGCACCAUAUUGACCCUCAUUAUCCUUCCCUGUACCUACCUCCAGAGCACUCCGGUAAGCGGCAACUGGGAUCCGUUUAUUCCAGCCGAGCAUUGGAAUCCAAAGAUUUACAUUUCCUUGGCAUACUUUUGUCAAGCGCUAUGGACAUUUACCGAUCUGACCUUUGUCUUGUUUCCAAUCCUGGUGAUUUGGGGGCUACAUAUGGCCAUGAGACAGCGCCUCGGCCUUGUGCUUCUCAUGAGCGUGUCGCUAUUCACCAUGGUCCUGUCAAUUCUCAAGACCGUCGGCCUGAAGCACAUUGCCGACCAACAAGCCGAUCCCACUGCCACCGAUGUUCUGUAUGGUGCCUCGCUUGAGAUUCUCUGGUCUUGUCUCGAACAGGCGUUUGUCAUCAUCAUGGGCUGCGUCCCGCCACUGCGAUCCGUCGUCAAGUUGCAGCUGGUGAGAUCCAUCUCCGAUUCAUUGGCCAGCAUUAUACGGAGGAAAAAGGCCUCCAAGUCGUCAGUGGACUCUCCGAAAUAUGUCAGCAGGGCCGAGCAGUAUGAAAAUUUGGAAAUGUCCCACGGCAGACUGGGGCGGAUUGAUGAGAAUGAUGGGUUACCCUAUAUGGGUCCACGGCACGCAGGAAGCCAACAAAGUUUGGUGGGCAAAGACAAGAUGCAUUCCAGACCGGUGCCUCAUGUUCAAUCCAAGCAGACUUGGAUGGAUGUGGAUGUUUGA